GCCCUCAGCUCCAAGGAAGCCAGCCCCAUUUACCACCACAUCAAAAUCGCCAGCAUCGGAGCAUUUGUAGGGCCUGCAUAGACCCGCGAUAGCCUAAAGCAAAACGGGGGCCUGAAAACCAUUCAAACGGUGCAUUUUAUACGGUGCAUCCUCUAAUUUCUGCCCUGUUUUUUGAGGUCCAACCCUGGACUUAGUAUCUUGCUUGACGCGACCAUUGGAUCGCACGCGUCAAAAUCCACACAAGCGCCGUCGCAAACGACCUCGAUCUCCAGGUUUGCGAUCCUCAAUUGCAUCCCAACGAAAUCCUCAAGGAAAAUAUACCGCAAUUAUCUUUGAUGCGCUCGAUUAGGCGACCCUAUCGAUUAUAGUCACAAUGGACAGCAAACGCAAAGCCAAUGGUGCUGCCACGGUCGACAACGACGACAGAGGCUCUAAGCGUCGCAGACUUACUGGCGAUUUCGAUCUUUCCAAAGGCGAAUCUCGAGAAUCAACGACUACAUAUGGCCUGUCAUUCCUAGAGCAUAUUCGAAAAACCGCCGACAAAGCGUAAUUCCCACCCGAUUUCCAAUUAUCAUUACCGUACUGACUCAUCCUAUAGUGGGCGUCUUGUCGCAACCAAUUUCGAAGAACUUCCACCCCGCGAGGAAAAUGCAGACUAUUACGAACAAACACGCAUGCCCAUUUCAUUAUCCAUGAUCGAGCAGAAACUGAACGAUGGCGAAUUUGAGAACUUGUCCGAGCUUGAGGGCUACUUUAAGCGCAUGAUCAGCAACGCGAAGGAGUUCUACCCUCGAUCAACCGAGAUAUUCGAAGACGCGGAACGAUUGAGAAAGGCUGUCAGCAAUUACAUGACCAAGAAAAAUCCGGCAUAUCAUGUUAGAGGUUAUCAGGCUGUGCCGACCCCGUUCCCGGAUGAUGAUGGCGAGGAGGCCAAUGAAGACAACGAGGACGAAGAAAUGAACGAUGACGAGAACGAAGAUGACGAUGAGCCCGAGGAAGAAAAAGAAGACGAGGAUGAAGAGGAAGAUGAAGAGGAAGAAGAAGAGGCGCCAAGCUCUCGUAGACGAACCAUUACACUCAAGCGGAGAACACCUGGUCGUACACCUGGUCGAAGGGCGUCCACUCGAGGCAAAGAGACCCCAAAGCCAGCAGCGCCCGCCGCAAAGCCAGACCACGUCUAUGAAGAUGUACCCUACAAAGGAUUGUCAUUUCAGCAAGCCCAGGAAAAGCUCAUCGAGGAGCUUAUCCGACGCGAAGACCCUGGAUACGAUGGCCCUUACUUCGAAGCUUUCAUUAACCUACCGCCUCGGUCUCUCAAAGAGUAUUUCAAGGUUAUCAGUGACCCCAUGUCGAUCCGAAAACUGCAGAAGGCGGUCAAGGGUUUCCACGGUCGUGGUGGCUCAACUGGAGUUAGCGAUUUCAAGUCAUGGGCCGCUUUUGAGGAGAAGGCAAAGCUAUUGUGGACCAACGCGUACUUUUACAAUGAAGAAGGCAGUGAAAUCUACUUGGUUGCGCAGGAUCUCGAGAAAUUCUUUUAUGAUCAGUUAAAACAAGCACAAGCUGUUGUAACUGAACCUUCUCAACCAAAGAUCAAGUUAAAGGUUGGCGGAUCCAGUGAGACGCCUACACCCGGACCCAAGAAGAUCACAAUCCAUGUUGGAGGUCAACGAGAUUCUGCUGAUUCACCAGCGCCAGCUCAAUCGAAGGAGGCGAUAACAAAUGGCCAAACUGUGAACGGCACGGCACGUACUUCAACGCCUGCUCAAGCUGUCAAUCCCCAACUGGAAAAGGCUAGAAGCACCUCGUUAUCUGCCGUGCCAUCUCCUAGUCCUUCUGUACAGAGUGCUCUCAAGGCAGAGGAGGCCUCAAGGGCAUCGCCAGCAGUUACAUCACAACCGCCUAGCGCUGCACCUAAUCAAGCGACUCCCGCGAUUCCUGCGGCUGCUCCCGUUGCUGUCCCUGCUCCUGUGCCUGUGGCACCACCGCAACCAAUCAACAAUCCGCUUGUUAAUGGGUAUAUGGACCAGAAGCAUCCUCGUCGCCCUGGUAAAGGUAUCGACGAUGCUCUCAUUGAGAGUAUGAAGAUUCAGGUUCACCCCACUCUUCAAUCACACAGUCCUGUACUGGCAACCAUCAGACCCAACCCCAAGGAGAUGGAACAGGCUGCCACUCUUAACCUACCUCCUCAUCUCACCCGUAUUCUUGCCGUCACCGCAAUACCCAGCCAUUUACAGACUAGACAAUACAGCCUCUGGACACUGGUUAACAAGCAACCGCUUAAGCCCAUUCAUCACCAAGCCCCAGGCCAGCUACCUCACGAGCGCGCCUUCGAGGCAAUGCUACAUCCAGGGCUCAACGUACUCGAGUCACAUCUCAUCGCUGCCAUUCCGCGAGACGAGCGUGUUCCGGGCGGUCCAGAGGUUGAAUUAGAAGUCUUCACCAUCUCGAUCAAUGUCCUGAGGAAUUAACACUACCAACGUCAUCAUUCAGGGCAUGGGAGAAAGCAGGCAUCUGAAUGGGCGAUUGCAAGACCCUUUACUAAAUCUAGUGUUGGUAGCUAGUUCUCUGAAUAGGAUGAAGGAAGCGUUUGCGAGUGCGAACAAUAUCCAACGAUGCCUUUUAUGAGCAGGAUAUGGAAAGGCAUGGGAUGGUACUGGUGUUGGGCGGGUAUACGGAUGCUUUUUUUCUUCUUCUUUUCUUUGUGGAACUGGCCUCAGGAAUAGGCUCAUAGGGAGCAUCCAAAUGUUUAUGCUGCGUCAUUUCACAGCACUGGUUAGGUGGAUAGGGUAGAACAAAGCAAUAUCAAACACUGAUAUUCUAAAUCUCCUAUGGUAUCUCAAGCCAAACCUGCUCCAUGCGCCCCGCCAUGCUAAGUCCUGCGUAACUUUCGAAAUUUAUUUUGUCUUAUAAUACAAGUCUAGCCAGGCGCAGGCCGUUGUCUCAGUUGCAUCAAGUGCUUGAGCAUAGUCUGGACAGCUACGUACUGACGUGUCUUGGGAUCGUAGUAGCCCGCAACGAGAACUGCCAUGACCGCUGUCUUUCCCUUGAGUUCGACUAUACCGUCAACUCUGAUACAUCCCCUGCUGGGCAGACUCUUGGUAGGCUUCCAAUGUCGCAGAAAGGCGAGAGCACCAGCCAUGCUAGCAGCUUGAAGACGAGGAUCGAGUUUCGCGUCUGGACCGAAUGCAGCGCUGAUGAUCUCGUUGAAAACUGGAGGAAGAUGUGCGGUAUGUGCCUUGGGGUCGUGCUGGACUGCUGCUCUGGUGGCAGCCGGAGGAGGAAUUAUGCCAGGGAGGUUUCCCACUGGCACUUGGUGCCAGCCAGAUUCUGGGGGAUCAGGUUCACUUAAACCGAUCGCUUUUGAGAUAUCCAGCGCUACUUGUUUCGUUAGGAAACUGACAAAGGUCCAGCAACCCAUAGCAAGAGCUUUGGGGUAAAGUGCUUUGGCAAGAAAGCUAGCAGCAAUCGAGUCGAUGGGUCGAUCACCCCAGAAAAUGCCCUCCUCAU